AUGAACUUGUCAAAGAUGCAAGAUAAUGAUGAAGCAUUUGUCAACAAUGUGUUUGAUUAUCCAUUGGCUUAUUCUUUUGUGUUCUUCAAAGAACAUUGGUUGCUUGAAAAAUAUCAAGAUAAUGAUCUUGGUAUACAGCCUCUUGUUAAUCUGUCUACAGUUUUUUUAUCUGAACUAUCUAAGUUAUUAAUUCCAACUACUAUAUUACAGUCAAAUGAAUCUGCCAACUUAUUUUCUGCACAAAAUAUAAUGUCAACUAUGACUCAUCUUUUGAUGUCUGUUAUUGCUAAAAAGACAAUGCAAAAAAAAAAAUUUUUAAAGAGUUAUAUUUUUCAAAAUAAACAUUCUCUUAUUGAAAAUACAACUGAGGCAUCCUCUUCUAGUUACAAAACAAAUGUUUUUAAAGAAUGUUCUGAAUCAUUACUUGAGAAUCCAUUGUUAAAAGCUCAAGAAAAACAACCAUAUGGCUCUGGAACUAAUAUGUGUAGUGAAUGUGGUAGUAAAGGUCAAGAAAAUGAGAAUGAAUGA